UGUCAGUUUGUUAUUGUCAAAGCUGCGAAAUAAAGUGCGAACAUAUACCAUAAUAACGUAUUUUCCAACUUGGUUUGAUUACCGGAUAAGUAUUGUCUAACAAACAAUUUAAUAGAUUUAAGUAGUCAUAGGUUUGUAGUACAUACUUUUGCCCAAUACCUUAACCAUGAGUCCCAAAAAGAAGAAACCAAAACUGGCUGCACAAAACACUAAAAACUUAAAGCGGGAAAGUGACACCCAAGAUUUAUCUGUGAGACGUGCUAAAGUUGCUAAAACCGAAGAAGAUGAGCUAAAGGCAAAGAAGAAAAAGAAUUUCAUCGAAGCUUGUAAACAAGUCACAAGUAGAGCUUACUUUGACCUCAACACUAGACUGCUUCUAUUAUAUUCGCCGUCAUGUUUAAAAACCGCUCGUUGUAAGCAUGAAGAAAAAGCAGCCAAUUUCAAGCAGAUGCCACCAUAUGCUACAGAAUCAUUUAUGAUAGAAAUAAAAAAUAAUGCUUGGAGCGAAGGAUUGGAAGUUUGUCAAAUGUGCAUCACCCCUAAUCAGUACUUGUCUGCAAAUGUUCUUAUGGGUGUUGUUGAAAUUAUGUUGAAUGCACAUGAUGAUGACUUCUGUGAACAUUCAGUACCAGAUAUCAUAGACAAAUGCCAACAAAUCUUAUCACAAAACUUUAGUACACAUCCUCCUUGUAUUGACAAACCUCUAAGAGCCUGUUAUAACAAAUUCCUGACCUCACCCAUGGAUUUAAAAGAAAAAACAUUCACAAAUAGAACAGAAUAUGAAUGCAGCAAGGGUAUUGUUAAGUACUGUAUAAACAGGCUGGAAUAUGAAAUCAGUAAUAAUAGUAUUGAUGGCCCUUUAGUUGAUAAGAAUGAAAAUAUUCCAAUGGAAAUGCAACAGAGUGUCAGAGGUAUGCAUUGGCAGAAAGAGAGGUUUGAGAUAUUUGAACUCCUUGAUAGACAUGACAGAAUAGAGAGAUUGAUGGCAGUUCUUGAAAGUGUCAUUGAACUGUUGCAGUUUGAUCUUGCUAUUUGGAAUUCAAGGUAUACCUCAGGUAAUGUGUGUCGUCAUCUUAUGAGAUCCCAUAAACCCCUAAUGGCGUUUGUUUUAUGGGGAGAUUGUGUGCUACUAACUGGAGCUGUGACAACCACUUGCAGACAAAUACUUAGACUCUUUGCAUAUAUGGUUCAUCUUGAAUAUCCAGAUUCAAUGUUGAGGACUAUGACUGUGUGGUUGAACAUAAUGGUACAAACAUUUUACAUCUGUGAAACGGACUCUAAUAUGAACUAUCCAAACGUCGCCAAAUAUAGUACAGUGUUAGGCAGAGAGUUUUAUAAAAUGAUCUCAGAUAUGCCUCAUAGCUCCAUCAUCAGGAUAAUAGAAACAAUUGAACCUUCUUACAUGAAACACAUUUUAGGAGUCAUGCAUGCACAAAGAUUACUCUUAACAGACAAUGACUGUAUAAUUAGUAUAUUAAUUCAAUUUAUCAAUAAUUCUCAAUGGGAGAAAUAUCCAAAAGAUAAUAAUCAAAUCAUACUGUCUGAAAGACUGUUUCCCAAGCCUAAGAAAAUUAAAAAAGUCCUAAACUAUUUGAUAAAAAAAUGUACGAGCUGGACUCUUGAAAGUACAUCAGAGAAUAGAGAAUAUGGAAAAAUAAAUUUGGAAUUGUUACAAAAUGAGUCUGAGCCAAGUAUAAAUCAUGUUAUUCAUACUUUAUACAUAACUCUAGAAGCAUAUAUAGAUACAUAUGAUAUUCAUUCUGUAAAGGAAACAUGGGACAAAUUAAACGAACAAGCUCUUAAUCACAGUUCUUCACAAAACAAGCAAGAAUAUGGUUCUUACGCAGUCACAGAGCAUAUAAUAAAAAAAUAUAAAUCUAUUCUCAAAAAUAUUAAUGAAUUACAUUUAGCUUUUCAGAGUUUGAAAAGUGUAGGGGUGCCAGAGGCUCUGCGUAUUUUUGAAAAUGCAGGCUUGUUAUAGCUAGACUGAACUGUGAACUGAAUUUGUUAACAUAAGUUUAAAAUUAGAUGUAUAAUUAUCUGGACCAAAAUUGAUUUUUAUGACUCUCUAAAGUAGCAUAGUAAAUCUCAACAUGAGAUUAUAUUUUAAGUAGGUAUUGUUCUGCUGUUCCGUAAUGAAGCCAUGCUUAGAAAUUAUUAUUUUAAGACAGCUGUAAAAAGUAAACUUAGAUUUGUAUACAUAUAUAUUUUACUGUUAAAUAAUGCUUGUUUUUUUUUUUUCUUUUGAUCUUUUUUGGUCACAUGUCAACCAUUUACCAGUAUUUCCAGAAGAACAAAUAAUGAUACUCCAUAUUUUGUUUCUAUUAUUUUUAAUGUUAUUUACCUAAUAAUAAGGAAAAUAAAAAUAGAAUUACACUACAGUUUGUUUAGUAUUUUGGCAUAAAAUG